UCCAUCUCUCUCUUGCAAAACAAAACAACUUUAACCAAAAAAAGAAAAAUAGAAAUGGAAGCCAAAGAAACUAAUGAAGCAGAGGCACUGCUUCAAGGCCAGGCAGAGAUAUGGAAAUACAUGCUCUGUUUUGCCGAUUCAAUGGCUUUAAAAUGUGCCGUCGAACUUCACUUAGCCGAUAUCAUCAACUCCCAUGGCUCUCCCAUCUCUCUCUCUCAGAUUUCUUCCUCCAUUGCCGCCUCUAACCCCUCUUCCUCACCACAAAUCUCCUACCUCAAUCGCAUCAUGAGACUCUUAGUCCGUCGAAACAUCUUCGCCGCUCAUCAUCCAUCCGACGGCGGAGACACCCUCUACGGUCUUACCCACUCCUCCAAAUGGCUCCUUCGAGACUCCCCUCUCACCCUUGCUCCCAUGGCGUUUUCGGAGCUUCACCAAUGGAUGGUCAGUCCAUGGCUCUGUUUCACCGAAGCCGUUAAAGAAGGCGGAAGCCCUUUCAAAAUAGCCCACGGUCUUGACAUUUGGGACUUCGCUUCCAAAAACCCCCAAUUCAACCAUUUUUUCAACGACGCCAUGGCUUCCACUUCCAAGGUCGUCAUGAACGCCAUCCUCUCCGUUUACCAAGAUGGGUUCAACUCUCUUGACUCCCUCGCGGACGUCGGGGGCGGAAUCGGGGGCUCCAUCUCUGAGAUCGUGAAAGCAUUCCCCCACAUCAAAGGAAUCAAUUACGAUCUCCCUCACGUGAUCAGCACUGCGCCGGUGUAUGAAGGAGUCACCCACAUCGGAGGAGACAUGUUCGAAGACAUUCCCAAAGUGGACGCCAUUUUUAUGAAGUGGAUAUUACACGAUUGGAACGACAAAGAGUGCGUGAAAAUUCUGGAGAAUUGCAAGAAAGCGAUACCGGAGAAAAGAGGGAAAGUGAUUAUCGUGGAGGUGGUGUUAAAUGAAGAAGGGAAAGGAGCAUUUGAUGACACGAAAUUCUAUUUUGAUCUGCUAAUGCUGGCGCAUACAAAUGGAAAAGAGAGGACAGAGAAGGAGUGGAAAACAAUACUUGAAGAAGCUGGUUUUUCUCGAUACAAUCUUAUUCCCCUUCCUGCUUUAGUUUCCAUUAUUGAAGCUUAUCCUUCUUGAAUCUGAACAUCUCCCAUUUAUCCCAUCCAAUAACUUCCAUUCACAAACUUUGUAGCUUCAUUCUUGUUGUUCUACCAUUUGGGUCCUCUUUUUAAAUAUUUAUUAUAUGUGAUUUUAUCUCAGUAUGUCGCAUUUAUCCAAUCCUCGUAAACUUUGGGGUUGUAAAAUGUUUAAAGGAAUGUUAUGAUAUGAGAAAAAAAAUUAGUUGUCA